AGAGAGAGAGAGAGAGAGAGAGAGAGAGAGAGAGAGAGAGGCCGAAAAAACAGGAGGACAGAUGACUUGGUGGAAUUGGGAUACAACAACAAUCCAGGUUAUAGGCGAUCGCUGAAAUGGAGAGGACAAAGGGAAAGGAAUAAUUUAUUUUUUCUUCUUUACAUCCUCAUCUCCAGGGGAGGCUCAUCUCGAGAUCACAGCAGAGCAGGGAGGAGGAAGAGGAGAUAUUCACUCUCCGUUAUGUCUGCCGAAGUGUGUGUGCGAGGCUCAGGCUGUGUGUGGUUAUGAAUGUGUGUCUCUGAGCCUCGUUUCCAGGCCAUGCUAUAGAGCUUCAACUUCUCAGAAUUUUUUUUUAAUGGCGUACCAGUGCAGCAGCAUCCCUGUCCUGUCUCCCUCUCUGUGAGCCGGUGCGGCAGGGGAUGUGUGGAUGCUGUAAUGUCUGAUUGAGCUGAGCUCGGUCGCUGCUGCCGCCACCAUCGCCGCCGCUCUGUGGGCCUCUGGGACUGCUGGAAAAGCCUAGGCCUUGCUUGUCUGGAGCGCCCCGCUGCACCGGCUGAGGCGACGGGCCGACGAGCUCCCCAGCUGCGAGGCUGUGUGGAGCAGGAAGGUGGAGGAGGAAGUGGAGGAGGAGGAAGAUGAGAAGCACUCUGAGCCUGCAUGCCCAUGGGAAGCAGCAUGCACAGCAGCUGCGUUUGUCACUCCAGACCCAUAGCUGAGGCUUAGGCUGCUUCUCCAUCGUAAGGCGAUGCUCUUUGGGGCAACGUCCUGCUGCUUUCAGAACAAGAAGCUGGUGUUUUACAUCCUAAACUAACAGGAGAGGGAGAGUCAAGGCCCGGCACUUCCAUGCUACCAGAUUCAAACUAGGCCUCCUCCCUCUUUGCUCCUUCUGAGUGAACCAGGCCCUUGUUUUUUAUUUUUCUUGACGUUCUAAGGAUUUGCCUAAACCUGUUUCAUGCAUGUCCACUGGAGGCAGGUUUGACUUUGAUGACGGGGGGUCGUACUGCGGGGGGUGGGAGCAGGGCAAGGCCCAUGGACGAGGGGUCUGCACGGGGCCCCAGGGUCAGGGCGAGUAUGCGGGUGCCUGGAGCCACGGCUUCGAGGUCCUGGGCGUGUACACGUGGCCCAGCGGGAACAACUACCAGGGCACCUGGGCGCAGGGUAAGCGGCAUGGCAUCGGAGUGGAGAGCAAGGGCCGCUGGGAUUACAGAGGGGAGUGGACACAGGGGUUCAAAGGUCGCUAUGGGCAGCUGGAGAGCACGGCGAGUGGGGCCCGGUACGAGGGGACGUGGAGCAACGGGCUGCAGGAUGGAUACGGCACGGAAACCUACUCUGAUGGAGGAACCUAUCAAGGCCAGUGGCUGGCUGGGAUGCGUCAUGGCUAUGGCGUGCGGCAGAGUGUACCGUACGGCAUGGCGGCGGUCAUCCUCUUUCCUCUGCGAACAUCCAUAAACUCCCUCCGCUCCGAGCACAGCCACGGCACUCCGGCUGUGCUGGAGGACGGCACGGCCACCACGCUCACAGAUGGGGUGGUGGCUGGGCUGGCUGGGAGCCCUGUGGGCCGAGGUGGGUUUGCUCUGAUGGCUCCGAGUGAAGCUGAGCGCCAGAGGAAGAGGAAAGGCCGUUUCCGGCAGUCCAUCCUAAGCGGACUUAAGCUGCGACGUUCCGAGUCUAAAAGCUCGCUGGCAAGUCAGCUCAGCAAGCAGAGCUCCUUCUGCAGCGAGGCCGGCAUGAGCACCGUCAGCUCUGCUGCAUCUGACAUCCACUCUAAUGCCAGUGAAAGUGAACAGGGCGCACCUGUGGACGCCACUGUCACUGAAAUGUAUGCUGGCGAGUGGCGGAGCGAUCAGAGGGCCGGCUGGGGAGUGAGCCGGCGCUCGGACGGCCUGCAUUAUGAGGGUGAAUGGGUGGCGAACAAGAGGCACGGGUAUGGAUGCACCACCUUCCCUGAUGGCACCAAAGAGGAAGGGAAGUACAAGCAGAAUGCGUUGGUGAGCGGAAAACGCAAGAACCUGAUCCCACUGAGGGCCAGUAAGAUCAGAGAAAAGGUGGACCGGGCUGUGGAGGCUGCAGAGAAGGCUGCAGACAUCUCCAAGCAGAAAGCAGAGAUCGCCAUGUCAAGGAUGAGCCACGCUCGUGGGAAGGCGGAGGCAGCUGAAGGAGUGGCGCAGAAGGCCACGGAGGAGUGUCGACUGGCCCGUAUCGCUGCCAAAGAGCUCUCUCCCUCGUUUCACAUCUAUGGGAACGGGCUCGAAUGUCAGAGGCCCAAGCACCAGGACGCCAAGGACAAAGACCAUGAGGUGAUCUCCACGGGAACAGACAGUCCGGAGCUGUGCACGCCAGACACCACACCGCCUGUAAUAACACCUGAUCUCAGCCCCGUGCUGAGUGUGCCCACCUCGCCCCCCCACAGCCCGCCCAAGCACGGCCAUCGCCCCAGAAAUGCUUGCUUCAUGCGCCAGAGCGCCGUGGACGAUCAGGGUGGGGCCGAGAUCCAGGUGCUGGUGGAGGGGCGGGGCAUGGAUCUGGUGAGGGGGGGGGCUAACAAUUGGACUGAUGACAUGUAUCCGGACCGUGGAGGCAGCAGCCGCUCGACCACCCCGUCCCUUCUGGAGGAGCAGGAGGGCCAAAUUAACGGCCAUGAGCAAGCCCCUUUGUCCAACCACAAACCACGGGAGAAAUCCAAUCACAAGUCCCGGGAGCACGCCUCCUCCUACAGAGCGUGGGAGCACUCCUCGUCCAACCAAAAGCCCUCCAAGCAAGCCUCUUCCAAUCACAAGUCGAGGGAGUACUCAUCAUCCAAUCACAAAACAUGGGAUCAUUCUUCCACCAAUCACAAGGCCUGCGAGCAUGCCUCUUCCAACUACAAGCCGCAGGUGCACAUUUUAUCCAAUCACAAGGCCUUGGAACAUAACAUGUCCAAUCACAAGACUUCUGAGCAUGCUUCUUCCAAUCACAAGUCCCACGAUUAUAUCUCCUCUAAUCACAAUGCAAAGGACCACGUCUCUUCUAGUUACAACCCUCGAGAGCAUGUCUACUCCAACCACCAUCCAAAGCAGCACAACCCCUCCAACCACAAACUUAACGAGCAUGCUGUAAUCGACCAAAGGCUAGACGGCCUCACCGGGGCCUGGACUGCUGAAAGCACCCUUAGGUGGAGCCCUGCCCACUCGCGCCUCACAGAGCAGGACGAGGAGAGGAUGAAUGACUAUACGGUUGAUAUGAGGCUUCAGUGUCCGGACUCGCAGACAUCUCGGGGGCUGGAGUCUCCGGCCGCCAAAAACAACAGGCUGCGAUCACGAGGCCUUCGGCCGGUCAGAGAGGGAUCCAUGGACUCUGUACAGAUGCUGGACAACCUGAAUGUGGGGGCAGAGCUGGAGGAGUGGCCGCUGCACAGGGACCUCACCCUCUCCCCUCCCCUUAAGUCUCAGCCCAUCACUCUGGAGCAGGAAGGAGAGCAUCUCACCCUCAAAUCAAACUCAGGCUCCAGCUCUAUUCUGGUGGUUAUGGUCAUUUUACUCAAUAUUGGAGUAGCCAUUCUUUUCAUUCACUUCUUUAUUUAAGCGUAUACAGGUAUGAUCUACUAAGACUUAUUGAUAACUACAGUAUAUUAUAUUAUUACUUACUGAGAUGGACAUUCUGCCUAUUCGACUGGAGCCCGCAGCCCGAGUGACGGACACAACAGAGCCUUUCUAUUGUUGCUACUGGUCUUUUCACCUCUGUUGAAGCCUGUUUCAGUUUCUCUGAAAGCACCGUUCCUUUUCAAAUGCUUAUUUUGAGCUUGCAACCAUAGAAGAGAAAGUAAGAAAGUAAGGAAAAAAGAGUGCAGCUUUAAACUAGCGUGGUGUAUCGGGACCCACGUGCAUGGGUGUCCAUCAGCUACUGUUAAAUGGACUGGAGAUGGCACAGGCAGUUUUGCCCAUUUUUCCAUCACUCUAGACAAGAAUAUAGCAACUCUCGUUUCCUGGUUAUCAUGAGAAACAUGCUAACCAAGAGCAUGACACACACUCCAUCCUAUCCCCACAAACAAGAACCCCUUUUGCCUUUCAACCCUUUCCCCUGCUGGCCCCCAUCCACCAGUCUCUAACCCCUGUUCGCACUAUGCGCUACAUACAGAACUAUGCUGCAAGAGUAGAUCCAUUUUAAAGGGCUCCGUCAUUCUUCUUUUCUUUUUUCCACUACAAACUGCACACACAACCAUUGCAUGAGGCUGUGUGGGGUUUUAAAAGUGCAUUUUCUAUCCCUUUAACAUCACUGUUCUGUCCUCAUUCAUACGCACUUCAUCCUGGUUAUCACGUGUGUCAGCAGAGAUUUGGAAAAUCAGCCGCCAACGCCGCCAACGCCACCUCGCGUCCAAUCAAAAUCACAGAAUCUGACCGAAUCAGAUUCAUCAGCGACCAACACACUCCAAGACCUAUGAGUCUAAACCUCGAGGAACUUCCUGAAUUUAUUGUUAAGUGAAACACAUUCGCACGCAAAAAAAAACCCACAUACACAUUUAACUGCUGACAUACUGAGGAGGGUUCAGCCUUGACCCUUUGUACAGCCUUGAGACUGUUAUGUUAUAACCACUAAUUCUACUAUAUAUGUGUAUGUGUCAUUAUUAUUCAAGUUUGUUACUUUUUUGCAGUUUGCAAGAUAGAGAGAAUGCUGAGUGCCUCGUAUUUAUUCAUUUUCUGUCUCAAAUUUCUUUUUCCUUUUUUACUCGACCCGAGAUAAUUAAACACCCAGGCUAAGAGGAGACAUAUUACCUUCGACAUUAAGAAAAGGUGACCCCCCCCCCCCCCCCCCCCUUCCCACCCAACACACACUCACACACAUACACACAAAACUUCCCUCUCACCCUGAAAUGGCAUGCACUGUUUUGUCUCUCUCCCAGUUCCCUUUUGGACCAGUCAAAAAGGGGAAAAUGGGGUUUCUACGGUGUCAUUUCCAGACACUUUUUGGGCCGGAUGAGAUUUUUUUCAGCAUGUUUGUUCAGCCUGCUCAAUCUGGUGUCGGUUUGUGAGUUUCUCCCUCUCGUCUCUUUUAAUCCAGCAACACAAGGCUACAUGAGACAUGGAGAGCAGUGUAAAAAAAACGCUAGCUUUUAAACUCUCAGUGGAUUACCGAAACGUCCCGAGUUUA